UUGGGCAAAGAAAAAUCCGGAAUUCGCCAACCAGAAACAUCCGUUUGCCAACUGUAUGAUCCCCAACACAAAAGUGUGAGGAGAGAGAGAGAUAGAGAGAGCGAAAAAGGAGCAAACAUUUGAUUUGAAUCCCAAAACCCCCCAAAUUCAACUUCCAUCGCCACUCACGCACCACACACAAAAAAGCCUCUACACUUUUUGCUUCACCAGAAUCUUAGAUCGGGUCAACUCUUCAACCCGAUUACUCCCCAACGAUGCCGUCCCGCAGAAGAGCUCUGCUCAAGGUUAUCAUUCUCGGCGACAGUGGGGUGGGGAAGACCUCAUUGAUGAAUCAAUAUGUAAAUAAGAAGUUUAGCAACCAGUACAAGGCAACAAUUGGUGCAGAUUUCCUCACAAAGGAAGUGCAAUUUGAGGAUCGGCUUUUCACCUUACAGAUAUGGGAUACAGCUGGCCAGGAAAGAUUUCAAAGCCUUGGGGUUGCUUUUUACCGUGGUGCUGAUUGUUGUGUGCUUGUUUAUGACGUCAAUGUGAUGAAAUCAUUUGACAAUCUUAACAAUUGGAGGGAAGAAUUCUUAAUUCAGGCAAGCCCAUCGGAUCCAGAGAAUUUCCCAUUUGUUGUGAUUGGCAACAAGAUUGAUGUGGAUGGUGGAAAUAGUAGAGUGGUAUCUGAGAAAAAGGCUCGGGCGUGGUGUGCCUCGAAAGGGAAUAUUCCCUACUUUGAGACUUCUGCCAAAGAAGGGACCAAUGUUGAAGAGGCUUUCCAGGUCAUUGCAAAGAAUGCCCUGAAGAGUGGAGAAGAAGAAGAAAUAUACUUGCCCGACACAAUUGACGUUGGGAGCAGCAGUCAGCAAAGGUCAACUGGAUGCGAAUGUUGAACAACAAUCCAGAAGUUUUCUGCGCAGCACCAGGAACGAAGUGGUCAUCCUGUCUCUUUUUGUAUUUGUUCCAAGUCAGCUGUAUACUAGUGUUUGUGUUGAGUGAACUGGUCUCUUAAUGAACAUUUUUUUUUUCAACAUUCUAAAAAGCUUUUCACUAUCAAUGCAUGCGCUACUUUAAAUUGGCAGGAAUUCAUGUUAUUCUUCUAUGA